AUGGGUGGUGGACCAGCAGAACUUACUGUGAAGAGCUGUGCAACAGCUGAGCAGUGUGUCACUGGGAGCCUAAACCUGGGACUUCUGAAAAUCAACUCGAAAUGCUGCAGCACUGAUCUCUGCAACAGCAACAAAGCACCAGCUUUGUCUCUAAAUGGGAAGAAGUGUUACGCCUGUGCUGAUGACGACUGCACAAGAACCAUGAACUGUGAGGGAGAUGAAGAUCAGUGCAUCAGCGCCAGAGUUAGUCUUGGUGGUGUUCAAAUGGAAAUGAAAGGAUGUGCGAGCAGAAGUUUCUGUUCUUCAGAAACAUCAAGCAUGAAGGCAGCUGGAAUCACUGGAAGGGUGAGCUGCUGUGAGGGGGAUAUGUGUAACAGUACUGAGGGGGUUAAACUGAGUCUCCUCAUCAUGCUGGUUCCUCUGAUCUCCUCCAUCCUCUUCAUCUGAACUCUCUGCUGCUCAAACA